GUGUCUCUCACAUCUGUCAGCUCAAAAUGAUCUUCAUCUUCAUCAUUCUGCUACCAGCGGCUCAGCUCCAAGACUUCCAGGACCCCCGGGACAUUCAGGACCAGUGUCCCGGCAGCUCCUGUAACCCUCAGCUGGGUGACCUGAUGGUGGGUCGAGCUGCUCAGCUCUCAGCCUCAUCGACCUGCGGUCUGGAUGGACCUCAGAACUACUGCAUCAUCGGAUACCUGGAGGAAGAGCAGAAAUGUUUCACAUGCGACUCUCGUCUGCCGUACAAUCACUACAGCAACCCAAACAGCCACCGCAUUGACAACAUCAUCACAACCUUUGAUCCCGAGAGAAAAAUGAAGUGGUGGCAGUCUGAGAAUGGUAUUCAUCAGGUCAGCGUCCAGUUAGAUCUGGAGACAGUGUUCCAGUUCAGUCACCUCGUCCUCACCUUCAAGAGUUUCCGUCCAGCAGCCAUGUUGGUGGAGCGAUCAAAGGACUUUGGACGAACUUGGAAAGUUUUUCGUUACUUUGCAGAAGACUGUUUGCUUCAUUUCCCUUCAGUGUCCAAUGAGCCGGCCGACAGCAUCGACGACAUCGUCUGUGAAAGCAAAUACUCCGGAUCAGAGCCGUCCACUGAUGGAGAGCUGGUGUUGAAAGCGCUGGAUCCCAUCUUUGAAAUCCAAAACCCGUACGCACCAAACAUCCAAGAUCUGAUCACUUUGACUAAUAUUCGGGUGAACUUCACUCGUCUCUUCACGCUCGGCGACACUCUGCUGAGUCGAAGACGCAGGAACCCUCAGAACAAAUAUUACUACGCUCUUUACAACAUGGUGGUCCGAGGAAGCUGCUUCUGUAAUGGACAUGCCAGCCGGUGUACACCUGUGGACGGAGGACGGGGGGAUGUCUUCACCCAGACCGGCAUGGUUCAUGGUCGUUGUGUUUGUCAGCACAACACGACCGGAGAGAACUGUGAGAGAUGUCAGGACUUUCACCAUGACUCCCCCUGGAGGCCUGGAGGAGAAGACACAUCUGACAUGUGCAGGAGAUGUAACUGUCACGGUCACUCAGACUCGUGUCACUUCGACGCAGCUCGUUUUGAAGCGACAGGUGGUGUGAGUGGUGGCGUGUGUGAAGACUGCCGUAAUGACAGGACUGGACCUCAGUGUGAACAAUGUCGACCUUUUCUGUAUCAGGAUCCACAGAGAGCAAUCGAUGACCCACACGCCUGCAUACCUUGUGACUGUGACUUGGCCGGAUCUCAUGGCGGCGGUCUUUGUGAUGCUCUAAGCGGUCAAUGUGUCUGUAAAAAAAAUGUGGAGGGUCAACGCUGCGAUCGUUGCAAACAUGGCUUCUUCAAUCUGAGACAAGGCGACCCAGCCGGCUGUCAGGUGUGCAGGUGUCAUGUUUUGGGAAGUAUCGGGUCAUGUGAUCAGCUGACAGGAAGUUGUGAAUGUGACCGUUUGGCGAGUGGUCCGCUGUGUGAUCAAUGUCUGGCAGGUUUCUGGGGUUUGGGAAACUCUGUGUUCAGAUGUUCACCCUGCAACUGUGAUAUCGGAGGAGCUCACAGCACCACGUGUACUCCAGAGGACGGACAGUGUCACUGUUUACCAAACAUGAUUGGUCAGCAAUGCUCUGACCCCGCCCCUGGAUACUUCCUACCUCAACUGGACUACUUCCUCUACGAGGCAGAGCUUGCCGCCCCGCUGCACAGAGGAAGCUCUCCUUCUACUAAUACUCCAUCAUCUUCUUCUCUGUGGAAUCCAGUGGUUUUACCACAGUGUGAGCAGUACUUCAGAGAGCAGGGUUUUGACUUUAAACUCACUAAUGGACGAGUUGUACUGGUUCGGAGGACUCGUCGACUCACCCGCCGCAGGAGACAGGGACAGACCAGCAUCCCUCUGGACCCUGGUCAUGCCCUCCAGAUUAUUCCCCGUCAGAGGACACCUGAUCAGCCAAUCACCUGGACGGGCCUGGGAUUGGUCAGAGUGUUGGAGGGGGCGGGUCUUCGGUUCACUGUGGACAACCUGCCAUCAUCUAUGGAUUACCAGCUGGUGAUUCGCUACGAGCCGGAGUCUCCAUCUGAUUGGCUGGCUUCAGUCAGCAUCAUCAUGCUGUCGCCGGGUGAAGGCGGCUGCAGCAGCGACCCAACAGGAAGUGAAACUCUAAUUCUUUCUGGAAACUCCAGAGGAGGUAUUCUGGACUCUGCGGUGUGUCUGAACGCAGGAGGUCGGUAUUUUAUGGACGUCGUCUUUAACAAACAGCCCGGAUCUGAUGGAUCCUACAUCCUGAUCGACUCGAUGGGUCUGAUUCCCAGCAUCGAAUCUGUUCAGAACUUCUGCUCUCAGAGUGAUCUUGAAUCUUUCCGCCACUUUCGCUGCAUUGGAUUGGCUACCGAUCUUGACCCUCAGGAGUCACUACCGAAACUCUGUGAAGGACUCAUCAAGAGCAUGUCAGCACGAAUCCACAAUGGAGCUGUUCCUUGCAAGUGUAACGUCGUUGGCUCUCUUGGACCGUCCUGUAGUAAACUGGGUGGGUUCUGUGAAUGUAAACCCAACGUGAUUGGCCGUUGCUGUGAUACCUGUGCACCACUGACGUUUGGCUUUGGACCCAAUGGCUGCAAAUCAUGUGAGUGUGACCUUCGGGGUUCAGUGUCGGAGCUGUGUGAUCAGAUCAGAGGUCAGUGUGCGUGUCGUUCAGAGGUGACGGGGCGACGCUGCGAUCACUGUCAGAUGGGAUUCUGGGGUUUCCCUUUAUGUCAACCCUGUGAAUGUAACGGACUGUCAGAGGUGUGCGAUGAAGAGUCCGGAGAGUGCUUGAACUGCAGAGAGCACACCACCGGACAACACUGUGACAGGUGUAUGGAGGGUUACUAUGGCAACCCUAUCUCCAGAAAGCCCUGUCAGCCCUGCUUGUGUCCAGACAUUCAGAACAGUGGACGUUUCUUCGCCACUGCCUGCCAACAGAACCCACAAUCCCUUGGUCUGACCUGCAACUGCAGGGAGGGGCACACAGGUCCACGUUGCGACAGAUGCAGCCCUGGUUUCUUUGGCGACCUGACGUUGCCAGGUGCCAGCUGCGAGGAGUGUCACUGCAACAGCAACAUCAACCCGGAGGACCACGAUGCCUGUGACAGCCUGACGGGUGAAUGCCUGCGCUGCCUCCACAACACGAUGGGACCACACUGCCAAAACUGCAAACCUGGUUAUUACGGCAAUGCCCUGGUCCAAGACUGCAAAGAAUGCUCAUGUGACCGGAGGGGGACGGAGGUGACUCAGUGUCCUCUGGGAAGUCCCUGUUUCUGUGAUCCAAGGAUGGGACAGUGUCCCUGCAGGAGGGGCGUAGUGGGAGUCCUCUGUGAUGAAUGUGAAGACGGAUACUGGAACCUGGAUGGACCGUCAGGAUGUCAGCCCUGCAGCUGCGAUCCUGUUAACUCUUUCUCCAACAUCUGCAACAAGGUGACGGGACAGUGUCCGUGUCGUCCUGAGUUUGGAGGGAGACAAUGUGAUGAAUGUGGAGAAAAUCACUUUGGGAAUCCAGACCUGCAGUGCAUCUCUUGUGACUGUAAUCUGGAGGGAACCAAACGUCCAUCAUGUGACCCUGAAACUGGUGAAUGUAUCUGUCGAACCGGUGUCACCGGUAUCUUCUGUGAUGAGUGUGCCCCUGGCUACAACUCAGCAUUCCCAGCCUGUAAGGAGUGCCAUCCCUGCACCGCCCUCUGGGCCGAAAAUGUCACAGACGUCCAGCGAGCUGCCCAGAGGAUGAGAACCUUCAUCCCUCGCCACAGUGAUGACCUGCAGCCCGAAAACAGUCGCCACCAGCAACAGAUGCUGGAGAUGCACUCCAAGCUAGAUAGCCUAACAAACCUGACAGGGCUCUCCCUGCUGAAGAUGGAGAAGGUAGAAAAACUGUGUGUGAAGAUUGGGAAGUUGAAAGAUGCCAUUGACCCGAACAUGAUCCUGAUCGACCCAUCUGCUCUCCUCAACGAUGAAAUUGACGACAUUCAUCUUGAGUUCAAGAAGCUGCUGAACAGCUUGAAGGAGAAACUAAUCAGGGAUCCAGAUGGUGAAGAAGAAGACCUGGAAGAGCUGCUGGAUGAGAUCCAGAAGCUUCAUAAAGAAUUCAUAUUGGAUGAUAAGAGAGUAAGAAAUGCCAACAAAGCCUUAGAGGACUGCAUGGGCACCAGAAAGAAAGUCAAACACAAACUGAGCACGUGUAGCAGCAGUGGAGACAUGGCGCCGCUGGAGAAGAAGAUCAAAGAGCUCAGCGUGAUCGACCUCAACAGAAAGGUCUGUGGAGGACCAGGUUUGGAGGACUGUUCAGGAUGUGGUGGAGCCCUGUGUGGUCUGGAUCUGGGAGAAAGGAAAUGUGGAGGUCCAAACUGUGAUGGAGUCAUUCCUUUCACUAAGAAAGCUUCAGAAACAGCCAAGAGAGCGAAGGACCAACUCAUCACGUUCCCAUCUAGACUGGAGGAGUCUAAGAACAAGAUCAAUGAUGCCAGACAGAGAGCUCAGGACACAAAAGACCAGGCCAAAGACCUGCAGGACCGGAUCAACAACAAUGUGGACUUUUUCUCAGGAGAGAAGAACAAAACCAGGAAGCUCAUCCAGCAAAUCAAGGUCUACCUGAUGGAUGAGAUGGUUCCUCAAGAAGACAUAGAGAAAAUGGCCCGAGCUGUUCUGGACAUCCAGCUGCCACAAACACCUGCUCACAUCCGAUCAAUGAUCAGUGACAUCAAUAAUCUGCUGUCCAAUGCUACACACUUCCAGGAUGACCUGAAGAACCUGGAAGGGCAGGCCAAGAUUGCACAGGACCUGCUGCAGAAAGCUCGGGAACUCAAGGAGAGAACAACAGACACUGAUGUGACAGAAAUCAGCAGAGGCAUUUAUGAAGCAGAGAGAGCUCAGGACAAAGCCAACAACGAUCUGGAAACGGCCAGCAGAGAUGGAGAAAUCACCAAAGACCUAAUCCAAGAUAUUAAAGACAAACUGGACAACACUGAGACUAAACUGAUGAAUCGUCGACCUGAUGAUCUACAAAAUGAGAUCGAAGCUCUGAAGAAGAAAACUGGACAGAACAGAGAGAUGGCCAGAGAGGCCCGUGAAGCUGCAGAGUCAGCUUUAGACACUACGGACACAGAAACAGAGCUGGACGAUGUGGUUAAGCUGUUUGAGGUUUUAAAGCAGAAAAACUCCAAUCAAACGGUUCAGGGUGAAGUUGGAGACCGGCUGAAAAACAUCAUGGAGGAGGCGGAGAACAUGAAGAGACUGGUAGAGGACAAACUCAGACAGAUACAAGGUCUGGAGGAGAAGAUCCAGCAGAUGAUCAGAAGUAAAGAGGAGAAAUCAGCUGAAGUCUCCAUGUUGUUGGAAACAGUCAAUUCACUUCGACAGGAAAUCUCCAAACGGGCCGAAGGAUACACCAGCUGUACUUCAUAAAUACUGCAGAGUACAACAUAUUGAAAUACUGCUCCUCAUUAAUAGUAGUGUACAAUAUACUUAGAAAUAUUUUUUUGUUGCUGUCGAUUUAAAUUACCAUCUCGCUUUAUUUUCUUUCUCUUAUGUCAAAACUUACUCACAAAUCUGAAGAGAUUUUUUGGUUUUCAUAUAUCUCAAAUUUUGUCUGCUUUUGUCUGCUUUUUGCCAGUUUUUCAAGUGUUUGACAUGUAUACAACAAAAUAUCUGAUGUGUAGAAAUUUUCCUACAUCAUAACAAUGUGGUAAAUGUUGAAUUUCUCUGUAGCUUUUUAGUUUUCACAGAAUGAAUGCAUGACUGCACAAUCAUGAAAUUAUAAAAUAUUAUAAAAGACAUUUGUUGAAUCACA